UUGUUUUGUAGAUAACCUUACAAUUUUAAACUCACGUUUCACAUGUUAAAAAGCACUGUUUAUUUAUCACCUAUCCAAUUUUAAUAAAAGCAAAAUAAUGGCAGUGAAUUUGUUUAAUUCGUAAAUGUAGAUAUAACGGAGCUGUAUGUAUUAUAAAUUAUUAUACUUUAAAGUCUUUAAGUGAUUAGUUGGAUUUUAUGUUAAAUUAACACAAAAAGGCGCAUCACUAGCAUCACUGGUUUGGUGGACUUGUGUUUCGGUUAGACAUUAGAAGGAAAGGAAGCUUUAGGAAUCAUGAGUCCUAAUUCAACGAAUGCCAUUCCGCAGAAUGGUCACUGCAAUAAACAAAUGAAUGGAAAUAUAAAAAUAAAACAGUACAAACCAUUACCAGAGAAGCAGUUUGAAGCAAGGGAUUCGCUAAUUGAAGAACUAUGCAACAAGGUACCUCAUAUAGCAUCGAUACAGAACUUUUUUAUUGCCACAAUAUUUUGCCUGUUCACGAGUAUUUUGGCAAAUGACUAUAUGGUAAAGGGGGAAUUCAGUCUUGGUUUCCACCUAAUAAGAGAUUCAUUUGCAAAAAUCCACAUCUCGGCAUUUUUCUGGGUACUAUUUGUGAUUGUAACAAGUUCUGUACAUAUCGUCUUCAGGUUCUGGGCUCUCGUUCGUGUGAAGUUGAUCCCUAAUAAUUCAGCUGUGAAAACAUGGGACAGAUUAUGGCUGGUGUUGACAUUUGCGUUCUACCUAAUGUCCUUCGUAAUGUCUUCAUUUAUAACAGUACACUACGAUCUACCAGUAGCCUGUUCAUCAAUAAUCCUUUUAGAACAGACGAGACUGUCAAUGAAAAUCCAUGCUUACAUUAGACACAACGCUGAAAGAGUUGUGAACUACAAACCACACAGCGACCAAGAAUUGAUUUUACCCAAGUUUAAGAAUUAUCUGUAUUUCUUGUUUGCUCCAACAAUUGUCUACAGAGAUGAAUAUCCCAGGACCACAAAUAUAAGAUGGAACUUCGUAGCCUUCCGUUUUCUAGAAAUCAUCGGAGUCAUCAUCUACCAAUGCUUCAUCCUGCACAGGUUCGUCUUCCCAGCAUACCGCGAGUUUGGAUUGCGGAAGUUCACAUGGGGUGAAGUAAUUAUUCCCAUCAUUGAAAACUCUCUUCCUGGACUACUGCUUUUAUUGUCUGGGUUCUACCAGGUCAUACAUUCCGUCCAAAAUUUGUUUGCCGAGAUACUUAGAUUUGCAGAUAGACAGUUUUAUAAGAAUUGGUGGAAUUGUGUUUCGACGGAAGAAUUCUUUAGAACUUGGAACUGCGUGGUCCACGACUGGCUGUACACCUACGUCUACAGAGAUAUUCAUAUUUUAACCAAAGGCAACAAAGUAUUAGGCAAACUAGCAGUAUUCGCUCUAUCAGGAAUUAUCCACGAAUGGGUAUUGGCAUACCAGUUCAAAUUCUACACCCCCGUCAUCCUCUACUGCUACUUAAUUGCUGCUGUCAUCAGCAACUUCAGAGUACCCAAGGUGAAGUUCUACAACAUACUGUUCUGGUAUGGUAUGAUGUUUGGUGCCGGAUUGAUGGCAAGCCUCUACACGUUGGAGUACUACGCUAGGAUAAACAACCCUGCUCCUGAGUAUACUUUUAAGUAUUGGUUCCUACCCAGAUGGUACUUGUGUGACUGUAUUGCGUGAUAUUGCAAAUAUUCAAACAAUUUGAGGGUCUGAUAUGAUUUUUCUAGAUUUUAUGGUUUAUUGUAGAAGUGAGCCAAGAAAUAUUUAAAGAGGUAGAUGACGUAACCUCUAAUAUUAAUUUUUGGUUGUUACAAGACUUGGAAUCACUGAUAUUUAAUAGGAAUAAACAUACGAGGGUCGCUAAUUCAUUCGCUAAAACAUUCGUAAAAAAAGGUUCGCUAUGUCGCUGAGAAAGGCUGCGACGUGCUGGGAGAAAUCUGGCAACACUGCCUCGCUGCACGCUGCAUUGUUCAUUAUCGGUCUAGCAGCCUUUGAAGAUGGAGGUCCUGGUCCUGUUACCGCAAAUGUGAAAUUCAGACUGUGAUACGUUUCUUACAUGCAAAAUGGAUGUCACCUAUUGACAUUUAUCGUCAGUUAAUCGACACGGUUCUUAAACAUUACUACGGUUGCCCAGAUCGACUAACCAAUGAACAUUAAGGGUGCGAUUACGUCACGAGUGUACUGUAAUUUGAAUCAUAAUAUGAUUUUUUUCGAAUCCUGAGAAAACUAAUAAAUAUUUUUAAAAAAUUUAAACGCAGAAUGAAAGACUAAAUUAUUAUCGAGGGCCGAAAGUCCCUUAGAGUAAAUAAAAAGUUUCUUUUGAAUGAAAUAUUUGCAGUUAAAAAUCACACUUCUCUUUUAUUUUCAGCCCUGUAACUUAUUAAAAUAAACAUAAUAGAAGUUUUCAGGGACUUUCGGCCCUCGGUAAUAAUGUAGUCUUUCAUUCUGCGUUUAAAUUUUUCAAAAAUAUUUACUAGUUUUCUCAGGAUUCGAAAAAAAUGAAUACAUUUAAAAAACUAAUGAGAAUUUGGACGUGCUUCAAAAUUUUGCAUUUUGCUCCUUCCCCUUAAUCGGUAUUUAUAUGUCUUUAAUGUAUGGAAAAUAGUCAAGAUAGUUAAAAAUAAAGAUGUUUGGUGGAUUAUAAUACCUACUUAUGGAAAACUGUUGAUAUUUAUUCAUGAAAUAUUUACGGAAAUCUAGGACUUCAAUCUCCAUUCUACACUGAAAAUUUGUCGCUGAAUUUCCAUUAGGAUUAACUAUUGAAUAGGUACAUACUAUCCUUAGAGGUCAGCUAGGAUUAUGUGAAUUAGAAUUACUUGUAUAAUUUAUUGUAAGAAUUUAAAUAAUAGGUACCUAAUAAAUUUGGCCACACUACAGCCUGUACCUGGCAUUCUAAAAUAUCAUCAACAUUAUUUUUACGUUAAUACAUAAUGAAAUUUUAACGUUUUAACCUACCUUAUAAAUAUAUAUUCUUAUUUAAACUCCUACUCAUCGUUGAUGAUCGUUGUACAUCGUUCCUAUUUAGGAACGAUGUACAACUUUCAUGAAUAAUUCAAAAUAAGUUUUUACGGGAAACAACACCAAAAUUACAAAUACAAAAAUAUAAAGUAAACUAGGAUACUACCGGUACUCCGUUCUUUAACGGUAAAAUAUUGCAAAAUCUCUAAAUUUUAAAGAACCGCUUGGAUUGACAUGAAAUUUGGCUACACAUAGCUAACAAGUCAAAGAAAAAAAGUGAUAUUGUGCCGAUAUGUGCUUUUGCCCUGGGGGUGGUUUUCACCCCAUCUUGGGGGUGAAAAAAUAUUCGUCCAAAAAAAGUCAGGAAAUGGAUAAACUGGCUAAUUUUAAGUAACUUUUGUUCUAUAGAGUUUUUUCACUAAGUCAAUACUUUUCGGGUUAUUUGGCAGUGAAUAUGUUCAUUUUUUCAACAAAAUAAGCACGCUUUUAGACAGUUUCUCGAAAAUAACUCAAAUAGUAAGUAUUUUGUCCAAAAAACAUUUUUAGCAAAAAUAUAGCCUGUAAAAAUUUAAAAAAAUGGUGUUAAUAUCACGUCUCUACACCUAGUAGAAGCAGAGUUAUAGCUAAUGAAAAAUAGGUUCAUAUUCGUCAAAUUCCGAAUGAAAUAUUUACCGUGAAAUAAACAAAAAUGAAGCACAUUUCGGGGAAAACUCAUUACAACUUAUUUAAAGUGUUUAAAAAAAGCUUCAUUUUUGUAUUAUAAAAAAAAUUUCUAGCAUCAAAAUUAAACAAGUUACGCUCAAAAUAAAGUUAGUCCCUUUUGGUUUUGGUAAAAAAAUCGAGAAAAUCACCCCCUAAUUAGUAUCUUAAAUGAACUUAAUCGUUACGACUUCACAAGUUUCUUGACUCGUGUAUAUAUUGUUUAUAUGAUCUGUAAGUUUCAUCGGUUCAAAGUCUUUAUUAUUGAAAGGGCUGUAGUUAAAAGUGGUUGAACGAGUCACUGAUCACGAAUGUAUAAAAAUUUAGAAACACCAAAUCUUAAUCAAUUUUUGUCUAACAGAAAAACAAAAACAUACAUGAUAUUCAGAAAAGCAAAUCUGACUUUUUUUGUGUUUCGAGAUUUUUGGUAUCUCUAACAAUUUUUAAGUUAUUUUGAAAAAAAGCAUAUUUUUCAAAAUUUAAAUUUUUAAAAAUUUUACUUUGAAACAAAAUUUUUUCAAAAAUAAGCACUUUGAAUCGAUGAAACUUACAGAUCAUAUAAACACAACAUAAGUAAAAUAAUUUGUGGAGCGGUAACGAUUAAUUUCAUUUAAGUUGCUAAUUAGGGGGUGGUCUUCCCGAUUUUUUUUUGCAAAAACAAAAGGGACCAACUUUAUUUUGAGCGUAACUUGCUUAAAUUUAAUGCUAGAAACUUUUUGUAAAAACAAAAAUAAAUAUUUUUUUAAACACUUUAAAAAAGUUAUAAUGGGUUUUCCCCAAAAAGUGCUUAAAUUUUUGAAUAUUUCACGUCGAAAUAUUCUAUUUGAAAUUUGGUGAAUAUGAAUAUAUUUUUAAUUGGCUAUAACUCUGGUUCUACGAGAUCCAGAGACCAAACGCGUACACCAUUUUUUUUACUUUUUUAUAAGCUAUAUUUUUGCUAAGAACGUUUUUUCGAAAAAAUACUUACUUGUUGAGUUAUUUGCGAAAAACCGUCUAAAAAUGUGGUUAUUUUGUUGAAAAAUGAACAUAUUCACUCGCAAAUAACUCGAAAAGUGUUGACUUGGCGAAAAAGCUCUAUGGAACAAAAGUUACUUAAAAUUAGUCAGUUUACCCAUUUCCGGACUUAUUUUGGACAUAUAUUUUUUCACCCUCAAGAGGGGGUGAAAGUCACCCCCAGGGCAAAAGGACACAUCGGCACAAUAUCACUUUUUUUCUUUGACAUGUAAGCUAUACGUAUGCCAAAUUUCAUGUCAAUCCAAGCGGUUCUUUAAAAUUUAGAGCAAAAACCGUGAAAGAAUGGACUACGGGUGGUGAAUUGGAAAACGGGCCAUAUGAAACUCAAGGUAAAAUUCUAAACUGUUGAAUUCCUGCUUCCCUAAUUAUUUUACAUCAAAAGACAUUAGAAACUAUUUGUGGAGGAUUGAAAUCUGUAUUGAAAACAACUGUGAAAAUUGUUCUACGAAUUAAACAUAUUCCAAAAUUUAGUAAAAAUGCGUAAAAAUACGUUUUUUAGCCCAAAAUUAGGCCACACACAGUGCAAUGUCACAAUGAAAUUAUUAUUUUUACAUUUUUGAACUGUCAAUAUUUUUAUUUUAUCAUUAAAAGCAAUAGAGUUGAUAAGAUAUCCUCAGCUGCGGAGAAAAUAUUAAUAAUAAAGAUUUUUUAUUUAGUCAAUGGUGUGAGCACUGUCAGUUAAAUAGUAACGUGUGGCCUAACUUUUACACACAUACCUACUGUGGCAAAUGUAUUAUAUUUUUCAAAUUUUUGGAAUGCGUUUAAAUCGUAGAACAAUUUUAACUUUUGAUUUUAAUACAGAUUUCAAUUCUCUACAAAUAUUCUCUCAUGACUUUUGAUAAUUAGGGAAGCAGGAAUUCAACAGUUUAAAAUUUUACAUUGAGUUUCCUAUGACCCGUUUUACGAUUCACCACAAAAUAAAAUGUGUUUUAUUUGUCUUAUUAUUUAAUAAUAACACAAAUACUACGCUUAUAUACACAAUAACGUCAAUAACACACAUUCAAUGAUCGAAAAUCAUUUAAAAAUAUGGGAUUCUGUACUUUUGUGACGUAAAGUCAAAAAUUGAAGUCUCCCCACCACCGUCGAUCUGGGCAACCGUAGUAUGUCUAAGAACCGUGGUUAAUCAAAGCUUACGGGAAAAGUGCAUAUUUGUUCAACAACGGAAAUCCACGAUGAAUCUGAAGACCUUCCGCUCCGAUCUAAAUCGUGAAUUUCCGUUCGGCCUUCACUGAAUUCUCUACACAAUUUGCAAACAUGUUUAACAGAUAUGAACUGACGAUGAAUAUUUUGCAUGUAAAAACAACGAUUGCGGCAACAGUGACCGGGACCUCCAUCUUCGAAGACUGCUAGGCCGACACUGAGCAACGCAGUUAGUCGAAACUGGUGGGGCAAGAGAUAUGGAGAGUUGUUAUGUAAGGCAGUGUUGCCAGAUUUCUCCCAGCAUGUCGCACUUUUUCUCAGCAGAAUGGGGAACCUUUUUUACGAAUGGUUCUCUUAUAUCAGAUUUUAAUAAAACCUAUAAAUAACCCAUAAAAUGAACUCUUACUCCAGGGAAGGACGUUUUCUCGGAAAUUUAAAUAAUACAGGUAUAUAGCAGUUUCUAAUUACUAUACCGGGUGGUGAAUCAUCAAACGGGCCAUAGAAAACUCAAUGGAAAAUUUUAAACUUUUAAAUUCCUGCUUCAACAUUAUUGCUGGUUUUUCCUCAACUGCAACUUUAUUGUUUUUUAAACAAUGUCAUAAAAUAAAUAUAUCAACAAGUCAACAAGUUAAAUAUUGUAACUUCAUUGUGAUCAACCGCAACCCGUUAUACACAUUCUGCACUACGUGUGGCCUAACUUUUACAAUACUACUCUGGUAAAUCGUCGGCCUCAUAUGAAAAGUGCCUAAGUCCAAAUUAACCAAUUUUACAGGAGAUGAAAAAAACUGAUUUAAAGAAUGAUUUUGACUUAAAACUUUAUCUUAUUUGACACAGUUACUUAGAAUAGUGUCCGUCAGCCUUCUCAUAAAGGUAGAUCUAUUAUUAAAAUAUUAUUACUUUAAAAAUGGAGUUAGGCAACUUUCAUUUUUGAAAUAAAACAAAUUUGGAGUUUGGAAUGUGGAAACACAUUUAAUAACGAAAAGCAUAAAGAAAUAUGCGUAACUCCAUAAAAAGUCGCCAAAAAUAAACUGUGAAAAAUGCUUAAGUCCCACAAGAAAAUCAAAUUUGGGGUUUUGCGGAUAAUAAUGCUACUUAAAUGUAGUUAACACAAAAACUAUAAUAAUAUGAUCAAAUUGAACUUACCUUCAAUAAGUUUACACUAUUUCCAUGAAGAUAUGUUAGCUUAUAACACUUUUCUUGAAGAUGUAACACAGCAGCGCAGCAAAAGUACAUCUAACCACAAUGAGAAUGAUGGACUUUGGCAAGUUUCAUGUGAUUCACCGAACGCCGUGGAGUUGGGUAGAAUUCUAUUUUGGGGUUCUAGCGACAUCUAUGGAUUUUUUUGUCUUGCUAUGCAUGCGUACCAUAAAUAUUAAUCAGACGGCGCAAAAAUCUCAUUUUUGCUUAUUUUGGGACUUUUCAUAUGAGACCGACGAAAUGUAUUAUAUUUGUGCAAAAUUUUGGAAUGUGUUUAAUAGGUAGAACAAUGAUUUUAACAUUAGUUUAUAUGUAAUACAGAUUUCAGUCUUCUACAACUGUUUUCUCUUUUCAUAACUUUUGAUGAAAAUUAAUUAAAAAAGCAGAGUAGAAUUUCCCACUGAAUUUCCUAUGGCCUGUUUGACGAUUCACUAUCGGGUAUACAGUAUGGUGCAAAUGAAAGGAAUACAUUUGUUAUUUCGUAAACCGGCGACUUUAAAGAAAAAUCCCACAUAAUGAAAAAAAAAACAGGUCGACUUUCAUUUUUAAAUUAUGAUAUUUUGGCAUGUAUGUGAUACUAGUGACGUCAUCCAUCUGGGCGUGAUGAAGUAAUUGAUGAUUUUUUUUAAUGUGAAUAGGGCUCGUGUGCUAGCUCAUUUGAAAGGUCACUCACUUCUUUAUUCAGUAAUAUAAACAUUUACAUAAUUAUUUGUACAGCGUGUCCAAAAAAAAUUUUAAUUAAAUUAUUUGACAAAAAAUAGAAGAAUGUAUGCUUUUUUUUAAUUUAAAACCGUUUCCCGAAAACAGAACAAAAUGUUUAUUUCACAAAUAAAUAUUGCUUUUCGAUUAAAUUCAAUGUUCAAGCCAGCUGUCUCUUGGAAGUUUGAACAUUUAAUUUAAGCCAAAGGCGAUGUUUAUUUGUGAUAUACAUAUUUUUUUCUAAUAGCUGACAGCAGUAUAAUGUAUUUUGAAUUAAAUAAAUUACACACAUUCUUCUUUUUUGGCAAAUAAUUUCAUGUCAAAUAAUUUUUUUGGACACCAUGUAUAAAUAAUUAUGUAAAUGUUGAUAUUACUGAAUAGAGAAUUAAAUAAUAUUUCAAAUGAGCUAGCACACGACCCCUAUUAUCGUUUAAAAAAAUCAUUGAUUACGUCAUCACGCCCAGAUGGAUGACAUAACUAGUAUGACAUAUUAUGUUAAAAUAUCAUAAUUUAAUAAUAAAAAUCGAUCUGUUUAGGGAUUUUUUCUUAAAGUCGCCGGUUUACGAAAUAACGAACUUGUUCCUUUCAUUUGCACAAUACUGUCUAAGAUAAAUGAACGUGAAUAAAAAUAAAUAUACAUACACUGAUUUAGUUAUUAAGUUUUUUUAUUAUGAUAUUUUUUACUUUGGAUAAGAAUAUUUUGUUGAUAUAAAUAUGUAUGACGUUAGAAAAAAAUUAGUCAACGACAUAAUUUUUGUUUUGUUGAAAACUUAUCGGUAAGCUAUUAUGUAAUUCCUUUUUGGGAAUGGUGUUUUGUAAAUAGAUAUUGUUAUACUAAGAAAUAAAUUAUUUUGUAUA